AUGGACGUGCCUGCAGAUUCCCAUAUCAAAUACGAAGAUGCCAUCGACUAUUGGACGGAUGUGGACGCCACUGUGGAUGGUGUUCUAGGUGGAUACGGAGAAGGUACAGUAGUACCCACAAUGGAUGUCCUGGGAUCCAAUAACUUCCUGCGUAAACUGAAGUCGAGGAUGCUGCCUCAGGAGAACAACGUGAAGUACGCUGUAGACAUUGGUGCGGGGAUUGGACGUGUAAGCAAGACCAUGCUUCACAAGCACGCCGCUAAGAUAGACCUUGUAGAACCGGUAAAGCCUUUUAUCGAGCAAAUGCACGUUGAAUUGGCUGAGCUGAAAGACAAAGGCCAAAUUGGACAAAUAUAUGAAGUAGGGAUGCAGGACUGGACCCCCGAUGCCGGCAAGUACUGGCUGAUCUGGUGCCAAUGGUGCGUGGGACACCUGCCAGAUGCAGAACUCGUCGCAUUCCUGAAAAGAUGUAUUGUUGGUUUGCAACCUAAUGGGACAAUCGUGGUCAAAGAAAAUAACACACCUACAGAUACCGAUGAUUUCGACGAAACGGAUUCUUCGGUCACAAGGUCAGAUGCUAAGUUCAGGCAAAUCUUCGAAGAAGCUGGCCUAAAGCUCAUCGCCAGUGAAAGACAACGUGGCUUACCAAGAGAAUUGUACCCAGUGAGGAUGUACGCACUCAAGCCCAUGCCAAACUAG